AUGUCUGAGGGGGCUUACCAGCGCCUCUGGGACUCCUCCCACGUGACCCUGCAAGAGCUGCUGGACCAAGAGCAGCCCCUGCUCGAACCCCAGCCCAGCCAGGAGCGGCAGUCCUUCCAGUACAGGAUCUCGUUGCUCUACCUGUACUACCUGGGGCUGCUGCGCAGGUUCGACAUCCUCUACGACCAGAUGGUGCAGCCGCAGAAGCGGCGGCUGCUGAGGCGCCUGCUGGAUAGCGUGGCGGGCCGCGUGCUGGAGCUCAAGGAGGAGAUGGUGCGCCUGGACCUGAGCGAGUGCCACUGCCUGGACCACGUGCUGCAGGACCUCCAGCUCACCUCGGCAGACCUGGAGGUUCCAAUCCCCAAAUACUUCCUGCUGGAGCAGUCCAACAUUCUGCAGGAGCGAGAGCACAUGCUGGCCGAAAUCCUGUCCAGAAUGGAGCCAGUGUCCUUCCAGGAGAGAUUUCCAUCAAUGAACCGGACCGACGCCAUAAUCCUGCUGCAAAUGGCUGAGCGGGCCAGGCAAGGCCGGCUCCGAGCCGCCUUCAUUCGAGAGAUUCGAAGGCAGGAGGAGCGGGAUCAGAAGAUGAGGGACAGCGGGUAUCACAAGUUCAAUCAGCACCAAGCAGCUAUGACCAUUCAGAAGGUGUGGAAAGGUUACCUGCAGAGGAAACGCACUCAGCAGGACCGGCAAACAGAGAUGGCAUUCAUUGGCAUGGCCCCCUUGCCCAACCAGGUGGACUUGAGCACCAUGUCCCUGGCCAACCUCGGGAAGGAUGUCCGGAAGUUCCGCCAGGAGGAGCGGGAGGAGGAGUUCCAGUUGGCCAUAGUGAAGACCAAAGACACCCUCAGGGAGACCGAGGAGCCCGACAUGAAGGAGAAAAUUAAGGACCAGAUCCGACAGUGGUUUAUCGAGUGCCAUGCCCUUACUGGCCGAUUCCCCAGUUAUCCAGAUGAGUCUUUAGGUGGAUCCUACCAGAUCUUCUCAGACAAGACUCCAGAACAGGUGAGAAUGGAGCUGGAGCUGCAAGUCCAGGAGGACAGUAAAAAAGACCAAGACAAAAAGAAGGAAAAAGGGAAGGAGAGGAAGGCGAAGAAAGGGAAGGAAGACAAGGCCAGGAAGGGGGAAGCAGAUACAACACUGAAAGUGUUGCCGUCCAAAUUUAUACCCCUGAUCAACGCGGGACACGAGGAGUAUAAAAAUGUAUGGAAGAACCGGCCAGACCACAUAUACCCCAAUCAGAGUUUUGACCCCGAGACGCUGCGGGCGGAGAAGAGGAAGGAAAUGGAGCAGGAGAUCCGGAUACAGGUGGACGAGCUGAUGCGUCAGGAGCUGAAGAGCCUGCGCCUGGCUGUGGACCGGGAGAUGGAGAGACCCUUCAAGGCUCCGAAGAAAAAAAAUGGGAAGAAAGCUUGGAAAAGAAAGGAAAAGGACCUGACCCCAGACAGGUCCAUGUCCUCUCUGUUUGAAGAGCUUGUCAUCUUCGGCUUUCUAAAGAAGAGCAAGACAGUGGCACUGAAGGACUACAUUGGUGACUGCCUCUAUCUUGGAUCCACUCUGAGUCUGGCCAACAAGUUGCCCAUGCCUUCCCUGUUUGACAUUCGGCAGAACGUGGCCUUGUACGGGGUCCUUCGGCUCGGCUCCCCAGAUAUACACUCACUGGCUCCCCUCAUCCGCUCCAUCCUCUUGGUGGGCCCCCCGGGCAUGGGGAAGAAGAUGCUGGUCAAUGCUGUGUGCACGGAAACCGGCGCCAACCUGUUCGACCUGUCACCUGCCAACCUGCUGGGCAAAUACCCUGGCAAGACUGGGGUGCAGAUGAUAGUGCAUAUCAUCUUCAAGGUGGCUCGGCUCCUGCAGCCCUCGGUGAUCUGGAUUGGGGACGCCGAGAAGAACUUCUAUAAGAAGGUCCCGAAGGAAGAGAAACAGAUGGACCCAAAGCGAAUAAAGAAGGACCUCACUAAGGCCCUGCGACUGCUGAACCCCGGAGAUCGUGUCAUGCUGAUCGGGACCACCAACCAGCCGCAGCUCGCCGAGAUGAGGGGGCUGUGCCGGACCUACGAGCGGAUCCUCUUCAUGCCCCGGCCUGAUUACGCGUCCCGCUAUGUGCUCUGGAAGCAUAUGCUGCUCGCCGAGAGAGUCCAAGUGACCCAGAGCCUGGACAUCAGUGCCCUGGCCAAGGUGUCCGAUGGUUACACACCUGGUGACAUUCUCCAAGCCAUCCGAUUGGUGCUCACAGAGCGGCGCAUCCUGCAAUUGCCCAAGCGGCCCCUGGUGGCCUCAGAGUUCCUGGGUCAUCUGGCGAAGAUGGAGCCAGUGCACAGGGAGGAGGAGGAGUCCCUAAAGGACUGGUACUACAAGACCCCGCUGGGUAAGAAGUGGAUGGAAUUUAGCAAAGACCAGGACGCCGCCGAGGAGGCCAAGCUGGCAAAGGAGAAAAAAAAACGGAAGUGA